CAAGGUGACAACAAUUUCUAUGCCAUCUAUGCUCAUCUGCCUGUCCAACAUUGGGGAUGUGAUGGCCACGUCAUUCCGUUUUCUCUACUGGCGCAUCUGCUGCUAUGUGUGCACGCGGACGGCCAAGCGGCCGAGGAAUGCCUGCUCCAGGCAGCGGUCGGUGAGGGGACAGCGGUAUGCCCGCUCCCAGCCGCCACCCUCGUUCCGGCGAUCCAUGAAGAUGACACAGCGAUCGGGCAAUGACUCCGGGUUCGGUCCCUCCAUGGGGCAUGCCCAUUCCGAUCCGGAGCUGCGCAUCAUGGGGCGGGGCGUCGGCGGCGGCUACGAUGAUAGGGAGUUUGGCCACCGCUGCAGUGGAGGACGCAAUCGCCGCCAGCAGCAGAUUGCGGCACAGCCUCGCCAGCAGCGGCACAACAUCUACGGGGAUGAGUACGAGAUGCAGACACAGACUCUGAAUCGCGGCAAUCGCUACAGCAGCCGCCAGAGGCAGAGAGAUCGCAUGCGGGAUCGGCAUACGGUGGAGCGGGAGCGCUAUCGGCACGAUUUUGAUGCGGGAUCCAUGGAGGAUUUCAGUGACCUGCAGCCGCCGGCAAAGAGGGCCGCCAGUGUCCGUUCUGUCCGCUCGCCCCAGCAUCAGGAGUCCAAGGCCUCGCGGGAGCUGCACCGCCUGCACUCUGCCCCAGGACGCGGGGCCCGAGCCAAGUCCGUGGACCCUCGGACCCUCGUCGCGCUGGCAGCCUGUGACGUCAAUCCACACGCUAUGGCAACCACUUGGAGCUCCCCGACUACGAUGCUCCGCCACAGGGGUCCUCCAGGGAUCAUCGCAGGGACCGACGAGGACGCUCUCCGCGCAGCUACGAGGAUUAUGUGGGGGAGAGCUUCGAUGAGGUGUCCCUGUGCGACGGCGGCCACUACGAGGACUAUCCCCCCGUCCAUAGCAAGUCCAGGAGUCGCGAGCCGCCCCGGAAUCAUCGUCGGAGGGAGCGGGCCGAGCGUCUGCCUCCCUCGCCGCGUAUCAUGUCGCCCAUGGGUUUCCCUGUCCAGCGGCAGAUCCGACGUCGUCCCAGCUACGAAUACGACGAAGACGACUCCAUGUAUGGGGAGGACUAUGGGGACUAUGGCGAUCUCCUGCCCAAGGACCGUCCUGUGCCCAUCUGGCUGUGCGUCUUCCUGGUCGUCAGCUACAUCCUGGGGGGCGCCGCCCUGUUUGCCUACUGGGAGAACUGGUCCUUUCUGGACUCGGCCUACUUCUGCUUCAUCACGCUGACGACAAUCGGUAGGAAAUUCCAGAGGUACUUUCAGAAAUCUUUUGUGCUGAUUCUGUUCAUGUUUCUCGCUGGGAUUUGGCGACUUUGUGCCUGCCAAGGGCGUCAAGGAUGAGUCGGAGCAGUCCAUUGCCUAUUGCUCGUUGUAUCUGCUCUUUGGCAUUGCUC